AUGGCGCUGUGUCAGAACAGAUUACAAGAGGAGCGCAAACAAUGGCGACGGGACCACCCCUUUGGCUUCUACGCGCGACCGACCCGCACAAAGGAGGGCGUCCUGGACCUGAAGAACUGGGAGUGCGGCGUGCCCGGCAAGGACAAGACGAUCUGGGAGGGCGGCAUGUUCAAGCUGACCAUGUCUUUCCCCGACGAAUACCCGACAAAGCCUCCAAAGUGCAAAUUCGUCCCGCCGCUGUUCCACCCCAACGUAUACCCCUCUGGCACCGUCUGCCUGUCGAUUUUGAAUGAGGAAGAGGCCUGGAAGCCGGCCAUCACGGUCAAGCAAAUCAUGCUAGGCAUUCAGGACCUCCUCAACGACCCGAACCCCGAGUCGCCUGCGCAAGCCGAGGCGUACAACCUGUUUAAGCGCGACCGAGUCGAGUACGAGAAGCGCGUGCGCCGCGUGGUGCGCGAGAACCCGGCUCCGUAA